AUGGAUGGAGGAAGGGCUCAGGGGGCUCUACCCUUCACUGCUGAACUAUUUGCUUCUAAGUCAGUUGUAGUAGAGUCAGUUCAGGAGGAAAAUACUGUAAGGUCCCACCAUAACACCACCACAUCAUCACUCAUAAGAAAGCUGAUUGCAGGUUCCAGCUUCUCGUCCCGCACCGGCCUGCAGUUCCCCGUGGGCCGCGUGCACCGGCUGCUGCGCAAGGGCAACUACUCGGAGCGGGUGGGCGCCGGCGCCCCGGUCUACCUGGCGGCCGUGCUGGAGUACCUGACGGCCGAGAUCCUGGAGCUGGCGGGCAACGCGGCCCGCGACAACAAGAAGACUCGCAUCAUCCCGCGCCACCUGCAGCUGGCCAUCCGCAAUGAUGAGGAACUCAACAAGCUGCUGGGCAAAGUGACCAUCGCCCAGGGCGGCGUCCUGCCCAACAUCCAGGCUGUGCUGCUGCCCAAGAAGACCGAGAGCCACCACAAGGCAAAGGGCAAGUGAGGCUCCCGUGCUCCCCUCCCCCGCCCCAACCGCAACUCGAAGAACGGAACCCCGCAAAACCAAAGGCUCUUUUCAGAGCCACCCACUGUUUCAGAUUAAAGAGUUGUGACAUUA